GUUUGCGUAUGUGACCUUGGGCUAGACUUUCCGGCAUUCUCAUGGUGAUUGAAUUAUUUUUCAGUUUAUAGUGGUUACUUAACGUUAUUCGUGCUGUGCAAUUAUUUUAAAUGAUACUAUGGAUGCAGCAAGUCUUAAUACUUGCUUAAUGCGAUACGGUGAAGCAUGUCAGAAUUCAGAACUAUCGGAACCAAUAGGAAAAAAUAUCGUUUGUGAUCCAACUAAAAAAUACAUCCCUUAUCAAAUGGAGACUAGAAUGUUACACAACAUUCCACCCGGUUCAUUUGCUCCUCAUCCACUUAUAAGUUCUACAGUUGACACACCUCAAAUCUCAUCUGUUUGGCUUGAACAAGGAGAAUACUUUUUUGAUGAUGAAUUUGCAGAGCCUAUGGAUUCAAAUCUACAGGAAGAUGGAGACGAAAACAAUAGGUAUCCUUUAAUGGUCCAAUCAAUGGAUUGUAGUCGAAAGCCUCCGCUCGGUCUUGUUGGUCACUCACGUUCUGAUUCUUGCAUAUGUAGUCCAGUUAAUUCGCGAGAAAGUGAUCUUAGUAAUUCUAAGAUUGCCGCGAAUAACUCACCAAGCAACGGUAAUUACGAAAAAGCGUCAAAUUGUCGGGAUGUCCAGUUGCUAAAUAAUAUGGAAUCGAAUAUUCCUCAAGAAAAUGAAAAUGGAAGCAAACAUUUAUGCUCAAAAACCGGCUUUGUUUGUCGUGCAUCUAAUGAGACCAACGAGGUUGACUUCAAUAAUGUUGCAAACCAACUGUUCAAUAAUGAAUCUCAAGGUUCUGUUCAUUACAAUGCAUCAGGUUCAACUAGCUGGAUGGACAUGCUAAUGGAGCGCUCAUGUAACCCUGAGCUGCGAGCCCUUAUCAAUCGAACUGCUGCAGCAGUCGAUUACAAGUUAGUUUAUGGUGAUUCUAUCGGACUACAGGGUCAACUUGAAAAUAGAUCUUGUUUGUCUUCUAAAUACCAUAUUUCAAGUUUAGGACCAGUUAGUCGUUCCCGUAGUCAGGGCAGUCUUUUGGCUGCCGCUAGCCUAGCAGGUUUACGACAUGCUCUAGACCAAACAACUCAUUUACUACCGAAACAUGCUGAUAGAAAUACAGAGCUUUGUUCUGUUGGUGUUUCUACUGAUAUUUCUGAAUCGAUGCAUCAAAAUAACCAAAAUUCAUCGAAUUCUAAUACAACCACAUGGGCAAAGAAAUAUGGGAGUGGUGAAAGUCUUAAACGUAGAUCUUUCAGAUCGACCAUGACUACCUUUCCUUAUUCUAAUGUAAACAAAGAAAAUGAGAUAAACAAUGACAAUAAAACUACUUGGCAAACUAUCAAAGACGCUAACGGAGCUUUAAUUACUUGGAAUCAACUUAAGCGGGUUGUUAAACGAGCCGAAAGUCUUGGCAAAUCGUCCAGUGUCCGUGAAAGUCGUCAACACCAACGUGAUCAGAGUGGCGCCCUUGUCCCGAACUUCAGUAUGACAGGUUCAUUCAGAAGCCACUCACAUCCUCAACCCCUAGCUGGUGCCUCUCAUAUGCAUCGGUUCUCAGGGACGCUUUUUGAGAUAUUUAUGCAUGCUAGAGCUCAAGGUAUGUCUUCACUGGGUGUUCAUAGUGCUGAUUCAGCUAUGGAUUUGAAUGCUUCGUUUCAAAAGGAUAACUCUGUUUCUGCAUAUUCAAAUCCACCUCAUAUAAUACAUCAGAGAGAUUCUGACCGUGCAGAUCUACUUACAAAUGGAUAUAAUUGUCCUUUUGGAGUAGCCAUAUCACCACGUAUCUCGAAGGCUAGAAAGUCUUAUCUGUUUGCUGGGAUGGAUCCAAGGAAGCCAAGUGCUGAAAAUGAUAAAUAUUUACUAUUACUCAAAGACAGAAUACUCCCAAGUAGGGGAAAUAUCCAGUUUUCAUCCUUGUACACUAGUGCUGAUGCCGUUGCUCGCUCUAUGCGUAACUUUGGUGCUCAGUUUCCCCCCUUAGAUGAUUCCAAAAAUAUUUCUUCCAAAGAUUUGAACAGUCAAACGAAAGCCAGGAACAUUGGAAACGCUUCUCCAAUGUAUUCGACUAAACUUCCGUUGCGCCAUAACAGUUCUGCUGCACACAUCAAUAAUUGUACUGUACGUCACAGUCAUCCCCAGCCACUUUAUUUAAAUCGACCGAUGCCUUCACCCCAUUGUCUUAUGACUCCUAAAACGAAUGAAGGAAAUAAUAUUCAACAAUCACCUUCUCCUAUCGAGCCUCCUAAUAUUGCUGCUUGUCUUACAGCAUCUGAUGGACCAGACUCACCAUAUAUGGCAGCCUUACGUGCGGGUUGUGCUGCUAGGGGGUAUGCAGUUGGUUGGAUCGGUAAUCCACGGAUUUCAAUUGCUUAUCCUGGGUUAGGUCUUUUACCAGUCCCUCGCCCCUCAAGGUUACCUGGAUCUGCUUUUCUUUUCAAUACUUUACCUGAUUUAUCAUUCUUAAGUCAAGCUGGUGCUGAAGAAGAUCGUCAAGGUACACUAACUACGACUAAACGUCGAGCUUCUUGCUUAUCAACUACACAGUCAGAGAAAGAAUGUGCUUGUACUAAGUGUGGUUGCCGAUCUAUAUCUGCUGAUCGUGUUUUCGCUAAGGAUAUAUGUUCAGAUGAAUCAUCCAAGUUGCAACUAUCUAAAAUACAAUCUGAUCAAAAUAAAAAACUCUCUCUUAACUUUAAAGAUAAUGAACAAAGAAAUGCUCCAGAUAUCGUAUCUACCAUUAGCAGAACAAAUCCAAACUAUAUCAGUACUCGUAAAGAAAUACAAACAACAAACCAGAGUCGAUUACAUUAUCCUGAAACUAUAGAACGUUGUUCAGCAUCUGAACCGGAUUUAAUAAAUGGUUCAAUUUCUUCUAAUCAAAUUAGUCAACUAAUGCAUGGAUCAGUCGAUAGUUAUUCUGCUGCUGCUGCUACUACGACUACCACUACCACUACCACUACCAAUGGGAAAUCUCAUAAAUAUCAGAAUAAUGAUCAUGAUUAUAAUUAUAGGAAAAAGGAUUCAUUAGAAACAAAUGAAUCAGUUGAUGAGAAUUUGCAUAGUUUAUCUUCACAACCAAAGAAAAGUGUUAGUUUUAGUGGUAAUAUUCGUUCAUUGCAAUUGAAUGCCAAAGAUUCUCAUCAUCAUAUUCAUCAUCAGUAUAGUGAUUCAUCAACACAACAAUCACCUGAACCUAAAGUGAUUCCACGGAAUUGGGGCUUAUAUGGUCAAGAACAACCAUUGGCUGAAUUUAGUCCACGAUCUAGUCCAAGUUUGGAUAGUGGAAAAAGUGGGAAAUUAACUCGUCAAUCAGAUAUUGAUGUUCGAUAUCAUGCUAUGGUCAAUGAUGUCAUUAAAGCAGUCCAAGAAACAGUUGCCUAUUUUUGCAAUCCACAUAUCAACUUAACACCAAACGAAGAUUUAACUAGUCGUCAUUCCAAAGUUGAAUCAGUCAGUACUUCUUCUGGUAAACAACCACGUUUAGCCAUAGUACCACCUUUAACUAUUCUACUAUGUGAUGGUCUACUUCCACCUUCGAAACCUAUAUUCACUUCACGACCACGUACACGUUUAUGGCAGUUGGUUGAAGAAAGUUGUAGACCAGGCGGAUUGCCUGCCGGUGUAGCUUACCAUGUAUUGAAUGAUGCUAUUAGUCAAGUGAAAGCAUUGACUAAUGUCACUUUAGAAAAAGUCAAAUUCAAAGGAUUCGUAUGUGCUUGUUUAAAUGCAAAAGCUUUACCAAUGUGGUUAAAUGCUCUUGUAGCCAAUGAUGCAUUAUUACGACGAUUCUAUUGUGAAAAUGCAUUCAUGCGUCAAUGUCGUGCUAGUCAACGUGAAUUACACGCGGAUUUAAUGACACAUUUAGAACAAUUGUUAGUAUUUCCUUUUAAUUUAGAUUUAUCCAUUGAAGUACGUAAAUCAUUCAGUGAUUCACAAUCAAUCGAUAAUAAUAGUAAUAGUAGUAGUAAUGUCAAUAAUAAUCCUAAUCAUAAAUAUAACACGAAUAAUAAUUUGUCAAAAACCUCUACUACUACUAAUACUACUACUACCACUACUACUACUACUCCAUCUACUACAUAUAUAACAAAUAAUUCUAAACAUUUGCAUCAAUUAAAUCAUGGAACAGAAUCAACACUACAUACGAACAAAACUAUGCGUUCAAAUAUUCCGCCUGCUACAAUUGUCACUCGUCGACAAUUAAUUUCCAAUGGUAAUCCUACUAGUCACAUUCCAUCCGUAUCACCAUCUACACAAAAGAAAAAAUCUUCAAAUACUACAUCAAAUAUUCACUGUUAUCCUCAACAUCAUCUACCACUGGCGACUCAACAACGUCCUCUAUCAGCAUCUAAACUACCGUCUACUUCCAAGUCGAAUUUACGUUCAAGUAGUGAAAAUAAUUCUACUACAAAUAACAACAACAAUACUAAUUCUUUAUGCACAAAAAAUGGAUUAAAUAGCAAUAACAUCAAUAAUAAUAGUUCUAAAACAAUAAAUUCCGACAAUCAAAUCAAUGCACCAUCGGUUGAAGGACGUACUGGUCGUUUAAAAAGUGCUCUGUCAAAUCUACGACGUAGUAAUGGUAAUAAUUCACAUAGUAUACCUAAAUCAACUACUACACGUACACCAUCCAAUUCAUCUAUAUCGAAUAGUAGUAAUAGUUUGAUUAAUAAUAGUAACAAUAAACUGAACCACAUAAAUCAAAUGACUAAUUCACAACGACGUACUACUACUACUACUGCUACUCUGUCAUCAUCACGUCAACAAUCAGAGUUGUACAAAACAAAUUCAACUUCAAAUAAAACGCAUGAACCUAGACCAUCAUCGAAUUCAAAUGCUUCAACAAGAGGAAGUAGCGGUGGUGGUGGUGGUACUGGUAAUGCAGGAGGACGUCAUUAGUUUAUUUUCCCUUGUGAUUUUGUCCAAAUCUCUCUGUGUUUGUGUAUGUGUACAUCAUUCAGCGAUCCAAUGCAUUCAUUGUUCCAUGUUCAAUUGCUUAUUAUUGACUGGAUUAAUUCUGCGCCUCAUUCGACUUUUCGAUUCAUCAUUUGAAUUUUAUGUUUGUCCAAAUAUGUGUGUGUGUGUGUACAUUCAUAAUUAUGACAACGACAUGUCUCUCUUUGCCUGUGGAUAAAACAAGCUUAGUAAAUAAUGACCGCAAAGACAGGCUAAUGCCAAUUAAAUUAUUGAAUAAAACUAAUAACACACCCCGGUUGCAUUUAUGAUUAUUCUUUUUUUUCUUCACAUCAUUCUCUUAUGCCUUUGUGUGUAGUUGUCGUUUUAGUUCGUGCGUUGUAUUCUUCUGCGCUUGUUUAUUUUUUAUUUUAUUGAUUAAAGCCUUGAAUUUUGUUCAGUGUUGUUUAUUCCAUGACAUUUUCUUUUUUUCAUUGUUCCUUUCUGCGUGUGUGUGUGUGUUGGUGUUGGUGUUGGUGUGUAAUCGAUACUAAUUUGGCAUUGUUACUUUUUUUUACGGCGUCUUUAGAUAACUACUGUUUGGCUUUCAUUCCCUUAUUGUUAUCAUUAUUAUUACUACUACUAGUAUUAUUAUUAUUAUUAUUCUUACUAUUUCAACACGAUUCACACAAUUGACAGUAAGUACUACAAUCUAAUGCAGCUGGUAUCUUUUAUCUUUCAAAAACAUUCAGAAAAAAAAAUCAAUGUGACUCACCACCGCCUGUAGAAUUCAUUCAUUCGGCUGUCUACAAAAAAUAAGCAUAUUCAUUCUUUAUUUUAAUGUGUCGUCUAUGCGUGUUUGUUUGUUUGUUUAUGUAUGAGGAAAAAGGAACAAACAAAACAAUAUUUCUGUGCUGAAUAUUUGUCUUUCAUAUCUCUAGUUAUUUAUUUGAUUCAUUAACUAAUUAAUUAACUUAUUUAUUUAUUUGUUCAUUUUAAUUUUUUCUCUCCCAAACUAGUAGUAUUAUUCUUUCCUUUACUUUUUUUUCUCUCUCUCUCUCAUUUAUGGUUAUGGAUAUAUUGUGUGACAGCUGGUAGAUUUGACCUUGACGUAGCCAGCCACCUAAUGCAUCAUUGUUCAAUAAUGUUCAAUUGCCUUAUUUAAUCAUUUUAUUAUUGACUGACUUGAUUCCGCGCGCCUAUCUUGGUUCAUUUCAUUUCCAUUGUAUCAGUUUUAAUGGCAUGUUUUGUGUUCGUUGAAUGAGAAGAAUUCCACAUUCUUUUUCUCUGUUUUUUGUUUUUUUUUUGUGAAUUGAUUUCUCUCUUUAGUUACUUUUUAAUUUGUGCGUUGGUUUGUUUUUUCAUUUCAUUUCAUUUCAUUUUUUUUUCAAUCUGUUUUAUUUCUGUUUUAAUUUGUUAGUGUUUUCUUUUUUCUUUGCAAACAAAAAACUUUUCCUUUGGUUGAACAAAAUUAAACCAAAACAAGGGGACAAAUUUUAGAAACAAUGUUCUACACCUGUUUAUCAUCGUCAUCAUCAUCAUCAUUCUGUCUUCUCUUGUGUCUAUUUUCUGAUUAUUAACAAUCUUUUUUUGGGAUUAUGUGCCUGUGUGUGUAGAGAGAGAGAGAGAGAGAGAAUGACGCAAUCACUUACUGACUACAACUAACAAAACCACAGUAUUACCUAACUAAUUAACUAACUAACUACCAACCACGCUUAUCAUUAUUAUUGUUAUUAAUGAUACUACGUAUCAGUUGAGAAUUUUUCUUUUUUGACUGUUCAGUCAAUAUUAUUAUUAACUGACUGAUUGAUUAAUUCAUUGAUUAUUUCUGUGGAUAUUGUUUAUUUCUCUUUUGACAACUAAUCCACUGUUCAUCACCGUUAACUGUAAGAAAAAGAGUAAAAACAGAACGGACAGUUGGUUAAUCAUUCUCACAUCCUUAUUAUUAUUAUUAUUAUUAUUAUUUUGCAUUCAGUGGUUUCGAUUACAACAACUUAUUGACAUUUUAUGAUCAUACAUACAGCAGUAGUACACUACUCACUCGUCUUAUGCCCCCGCCGAGAUUAGAAUACGGGAUAUUAAUAUAUGUAUGUAUGUAUGUAUGUAUGUAAAAGUGUUACAUAACUUAUUACUAUUGUUAUCAUUGGAACACAAAACAAAACUUAAUCAAUAAAGAGUAAUUUAUUUGCGUGGAUUGUUUCAGUCUGGUCAAUUAUGGAUUCAAAAAAAAAUAUAAUCUCCAUAUAUAUAUAUACACAUAAAACAGAAUGCCGGAACUCUACAUUGGAAUGAUGAUGAUGAUGAUAAUAAUUUUGAUUUAUUUCUGUGAAAAAAAAAUGAAAAUUUAUACAUACAUGCAAAUAUAUAUAUACA